CAUCGAAUCCCAAAUUAUGGAGUCCGAUCUCCAAAUCUAAACCUCGCAGCGCGGCGGAGUUGUCUCUCUCUCUUGUCGUUAUCUCGCCUUAUGGAGAUCCCUCCGGCCUCAGCGGCGGAGCCGAUCCUGGCGGCGGCCGAUGAACCCACCGCGGCGGCGGCGGCGAUGUGGGAAUGGGGUAGCCUCUUCGACUUCACCGACGUCGACGAAGAUCCCCUGAUCCUCCCCUGGGGAACCUCCGACGAAGCCCAGACGCUGCCGCCGCUGUCCACCGCGGAGCUGUCUUCCCUCCCGAUCCCUUUUGCCGAGCCGGCGCCGUCGGGGAUCGAGGAUGGGAUGGGUCGCGUGAGGAAGAGGGACCCGAGACUCGUUUGCCCGAACUAUUUGGCAGGAAGGGUGCCGUGCUCGUGCCCCGAGGAGGAUGAGGAGGCGAUGCAGGAGGUGGCGGUGGCCGGACCGCGGAAACGGUCCAGGAAGGGCGGGGCAUCCAGGGUGGUUAGGUGCCAGGUACCGGGGUGCGAGGCGGAUAUCAGCGAGUUGAAGGGGUAUCACAAGCGGCACAGGGUUUGUCUCCGGUGUGCGAAUUCUUCAUCGGUGGUUCUUGACGGGGAGCACAAGCGUUAUUGUCAGCAGUGUGGCAAGUUUCAUGUUCUGCCAGAUUUUGAUGAGGGCAAACGUAGCUGUAGGAGAAAAUUAGAACGACACAACAAAAGGAGGCGAAGAAAGCCUAAUGACUUAAAUAGUAUAGUGGAAAAAGAAAUGGACAUGCAAGAAGACUCACCGCCUGAUGUUUCUUUUGAUGGUGAACCAAUGAAAGAGAUGGUAGAUGAUUUUGCAUGCAACACAGCUGAGACAGUUGUGAGCAACAAAAGUCUGGAUGGAGAACCUCUAGCAGAAUCUGAAGAUGGGGGUGGUUCUCCCACUGAUUCACUUCCUAGCCUUAAAAACAAUGAUAUAGUAAUUUCUGGUGAAGCUCAGCAAGAUGAAAGGAUUACUAAUUCAAAAUCUGCCCUUUCUUCUAGUUUUUGUGAGAAGAAGAGUACUUAUUCAUCUGUGUGUCCUACAGGUCGAAUAUCGUUCAAGCUCUACGAUUGGAACCCUGCAGAAUUUCCUAGACGAUUGCGCCAUCAAAUAUUUCACUGGUUGGCAAAUAUGCCUGUUGAGUUGGAGGGUUAUAUACGUCCUGGAUGUACAAUUUUGACUGUUUUCAUUGCAAUGCCACAGUCCAUGUGGGAUAAGUUAUCUGAAAAUGUGGCUCACUAUGUGAGGGACUUGAUUAAUACACCUGAAAGUUUGUUGCGGGGAAGAGGCACCAUUUUUAUUUAUCUUGGCAAUAUGAUUAUCCAUGUCUUGCAAGAUGGAGCAACAUUGACAAAUAUCAAGAUGGAGGUGCAGGCACCAAGACUUCAUUAUGUUUAUCCUUUUUAUUUUGAAGCCGGGAAACCUAUGGAGUUUGUUGCAUGUGGAAGCAACCUUGAACAGCCGAAAUUUCGGUUUCUGGUAUCGUUUGCUGGAAAGUAUCUUAAAUAUGACUCUUUUCAUGUCAUAUCUACUGGGAAAUCCAGGUAUCUUGAUGGAAAUAAAGCAGUGUGUAUCAACAAUUCUGAACAUGAGAUGUUCAGAAUAAAAGUAACUCACCUGGACUCGGAAGUUUUUGGCCCUGCAUUUAUUGAGGUUGAAAAUGCGGCUGGAAUAUCCAACUAUAUACCUGUCCUCAUUGGUAACAAACAGAUAUGUUCUGAAUUAGAGAGAAUGGAAGAACCUGUAGUUGAUUCUUGUUAUGCUGGUCGCAUUAUGUCCCAAAAUUUUAUUGCUAAUUCCUCUCCAGGCUUUUGCGAAAUUCUUGCAUCCAGACAAUCUGCAAUGUCAGCAUUGCUCUUAGAUAUAGCAUGGUUACUGAAGGCACCAUAUUUGGAAGAAAAGGAAGCUUUUUGGAGUUUUACCAAUGUCCAGAGGUUAACUUCUAUGUUAAAGUUUUUACUCCAGAAUGAGCUUUUUAGUGUGCUCCAAGCAAUAAUGCAUCAUCUGGAUAAUAUUAUUGUCACCGAGGGCUUUGAUAAGCCAGACAAUUGGACUUCUGAUGUCGACCAGAAGCUAUAUGAUGAUUUUCUUAACCAUGUAAGAGAAAUUCUUUAUCAGAGAACUCUAAAUGAUACAAGGUUAACAGAACCAAAAAACCCACUUUGUGGACUUCUCAUGCCACAAACCUCUCAGAAGACUAGCAUGUGUGCCAAGAAUUAUACAAAUCAAGAUAACGAGGCAAUUGGAGACAGUUCGUGUUCGACCUCGUUGCAUCCAGCCAUCGAGCAUGAUGUAAAUGUUCCACUUGUAACCAAAGAGAUUGUUGACAGGAGGGGCUGUCACCAAAACCCAGUUUUCAAACCCUCUUUGGACGAUAUUUUCUCAAACAAAAUCAUGAGGACUCGCUUUCCUUUGUUUGUAGUAGUUAGUGUUGUUUUGUGCUUAGCAGCAUGUAUCAUCCUUUUCCACCCACAUAAGGCCGGGGAGUUUGCGAUUUCCGUCAGAAGGUGUAUGUUUGGCGGCCCACCCUCGUGAAACCAAGCUAACACUUCCGGUUUCACUUGUGUCCUAUGUACAGUGUAGAAUUGUUCGGCUUGCACUGGUUGCAAGUGGCAACUCCCCAAACUCUACAUGCCAUUUAUUGACCUCAGGCAUAGUCUGAACUGAAACAGAGCACAACUUGCAAUCUGUAAAGGUAUUUGUUACUCUACUAGGUCAGAAAAUUAUGGGUUUGAUAUAUGGUCCCUAUGAUUAUUGUUUAGAAUGUAGCUAUGAUUAUUGUUUAGAAUGUAGACUAUCACUCCUUUUGUCAAUUUUGUUCGAUGAGAAUAUGAUCUUAAAAUUGUUGGUGUAACAAAUUUCGUCUCUUAUGUUUUUAGCCAUCAUAAGCUUUUAUCUUUGGAGCUCGAUUUGGCCUUGCUUGAAUCGACUGAAGGUUUACUAUUGUUGUUUAUCAUGGAUAACCUAGAGAUGUUAUCAAUCAGUUUAUUAUGGAAUUGAAUGCGAGAAUAAGAUCCUUGUUCAUUUCUAUUUUAGUACAAGAUAUUGACAGUGAUAUUUCUCUACAAUAUUUCCUGCUCCAUUUAUUAUCAUGAUACCUGCAAAAGUGUCAGGCAGUUCAUCCAUUGUUUAGCGCAAGACAUCAACAAGUUUUUCCUUCCUAAAUUCCAAUCCAAUGUGCUGUAUUAGUAAAUCCAAAUUAUCCAGGUUUGAUCUGAAUUAUUGGAUUAGUUUGCUUUCAUAUGGUUUAUUUAUCAUGUCUGACACUUGUGAUGCAUCUAAGCAGACUCGCCAUAAGUUCAAGAACAACAGAAGCAGUUGGAUGAGCAGCCACAACAACAAUCGAGGUAACAUUUAGAUUUAUUGUCACACCAAGCAUGGAUUUACAUGUAUUUGUGGAUCCUCCUGCACACUUGAGCAUCAAUCUAAACCGCUUCUUAGGCACUGAUGUUGCCUGGGUAAGCAUCCUUGAAGGAGUUCUUCCUGGCGGCUGCCAGCACAGUCUUGUCUGCAACAAUGAAGUAUGCCAUUCCGGCAGCUGCACCCAAUCAAACUCCCCAUUACUCACACAACAUUCGAUCAACAGGAUCAGAAAUCAUUUGGAAAGAGUGUUCAAGACCUGUGGAGACGAUGAGAGCUUGAGCUGUGGGGUUGAGGUUGUACCUCGCCCAUGGCAGCAUCCGAACGCUGGCCAACUGAUGCAAGCAAGCUCGGUUCAACCGAUGGCCCAGAAGAGAACACGGCUGAGGUCACACGGUAUACAAGGAAGAGUAUGCUUACAGUGGGAACAGCAGCUGCAAAACCUGCAACGACGGCGGCCUUCGCUCCUGCGACGACUCCCUCUGCCAACCAUACCGAGCAAAGAACGAGAUCAGCGAUAGGACGAUGCGCGGCGGUAACCAAAUGCUAAGAUGAAGACGGAGGAGAUGAUACCGUGGGAGCAGCGCUUGGCCAUGGCCAGCUUCUGGUCCAGGGAAGCGCGAGUUGCCGGAGCCAUUCUUUUCGUCUGGAUUAAAGAGGAGAGAGCUUGAGUCGAGAGAGGAAAGAUGUGAGCUGUGAGAUGUGGAUGAGUGUGGGUAGUCAGUCUCUUUAUAGGCGAUGGAAGAGAGUGGGUGAGAGCGAGCGAGCGAGCGAGGAAGAAGUUGAUGGUUUUGAGCGUUCGGUGUGCUCCUGGAAAUGUGGGCACACCGUUCUGAUGUCACUGCCUCCGGUUCUCGGUGGCCUGUGGUCUUUUAGAUGGCGACAAAUGCCUCUCACUGUUGUGACGGAUGGUCCCGUUUCCAUCCUCGGGGUUAAUAACACCAAAGGGUAUUCGAGUCUAUGAUGUCUUAAGCUAAUAAUCUCCAGUAAUUUAUUAUUGAUUUAUUGGUA